AAUAAUAUUUUUUUUUAUAAAAUUCCAAAAUAGUAAAUAAAAUAUAUUUAUUUUUGAGUUUCACUUAAUUGGAAUGAUUGAUAAGCAUACGUGUAUAGCUUUCUUGCUUAUAAGCAAGUAGAAAUAUAUAUGGGAAUACUCUUAUUAAGAUUUUCAAUAUACAUAUUUCUUAUUUCGAUUCGGCAUACCUAUAAAUACCUUGUGUUAGUCCGCUACGUGCUUAGUGUGCAUCGAAACUUGAAAGAUCGCUUUUGAAACACAGUAAAGAUGUUUAAAAAAAUUACACUUUUGUCGUUCACCUUGCUUUUGGCAAUGCAGCUUGUUGCAUGCUUACCGAGGCCGUCUUCUUCGGAAUCUGAGGAUGAUAAUACCAUUCCUCAUGGUACCUCAACAACAAUGCCAACAGUAGCUGAAAGCGCUAUGCCAGGUGGUCGCAAGAGACUCGAAGUGGUUCUUUUCAAAGAGUAUAUUAAUCUUUUAAACUCUUGUUUGCAACGUAGCAAUCAAAUUGCAAAGGAUGUGUUAGCCGAUCCCUCUAUGACUAGUAUAGAGAGUUCAGCUAUGGAGCAUGAAAGAAAUAUACUUACGAAAUAUGUGAGAGACUCUAAGGAAGCGUUAACGGCUAUUUUGCCAGCCGAUAAAAAUGAUCAGAACAAUCGUUUCUUCUUCGCAAUGGGUAAAGAUUUUGUGCUAGAAGAUUUCAAUGGCUUCAACCGACGACGUGCCUCAACGACAGAUGAGCUUACUCCAGAAGAAAAGGUAUCAUGGGAAACUCUAAAGAAGCAUGGUGCAUUAGAGUACACCGAAGAUAUGGAGAAACGCUCGAAAGACUUCGGUUGCCAUAUAGUAGAUGAAUUCGAUAAAUAUAUGAAAUCACUUUCAGUUUCCGAAAAGGAGAAGGAAAAAGAAAUGGUCGAAGUUUGGGAUAAGUACACCAAGAAUGAACUUAAUAUGGACAAAGCUGAAUUUGGUGAAAAAUUAUUUCUUCAGUUAUUCCAAUACGAAUCCUAAAAGUAAUUGUGAAGAAUGAAAUGCUUUAUUAUAAAAGUUUUGAGAAAUAAAUAAACAUAUGUAUAUAAUAUAAA